AUGUCCGGCCGAGACUACACCACCUUCAAGCAUCUUUGUUACUCACUCAUCGUGGCUGGCCUGGGCAUGUGCUACGUGGCGCACGCUGCUGAGCACUGUCAUCGUUAUAUCCCAGGAACCCCUCUGGAAAGAAUCUUCGAUGCAGUUGUGACCUAUCCUUUGUCUACUCGACUUUAUUGUUCGGCUGCCACAGAUGGCCUGUCAGAGCUUCGAGAAGUCUUAGCCAUUGCCGAGUGGUCUAUGAUUGCAGUGACUGCUUGGAAGAGGAAAUACUUAAUUCUGGCCUUCACAUUGGCCGUAAUGCUUGCGUAUGCCAUAGGAAUGACGGUCGCUGGAUUCUGA